UUCUGGCCCUCUGAUGAAGAAGAAGACAGCAGACCGUAGCGCCAGUCCGUAGAAUUAAGCAUUUAAUUCAACCACCUUCUUAAUAUAUUUGUUCUUCUUCUUAUUGCAACAAUACAUCCACAGCUGUAUUGAAACGUUUCCAUUCGCGGGGGAGGAUCGUAAUAAUACCCCUUAUAUCUCUUAUUCCGUCGCGGAGUGACGUGAUAUUUCCACUCAGCAGCCGAUGCAUGGAGCGACCGCCAGCGGACCGAUGAGAGAGCAGCUGGUCGGGGAGCGAGGAUGUGCCGUCGGCCCUCGGCCCGGGUCGGGGUCCUGGCUUUGGAUAGGGCUUGGGUCCUGUCUCUGGUUCUAGUCGGGUCUCUGCUAGUCCAGGGAGCCUUCGGCCACCACGUCCCGGCUCCUAGCGAGGUGGUCCUCCAGGUGAACCUGAGGUCAGACCGCCUGACAAAGAGGAGCUCUCCUGAAGACCUUCGUCUGAAGAUGAAGAUCAUCUACGACUCCAGUGUCGACCAACUAACAGCUGAUAAACGGAGGCUUGUGAAGGACAAGCUGUUUCCUCAGGCCAUUGAGUACCUUCAGAAGGUCUUCAGUGUCCGACACCGUGUGGGACUGCUGCUGCUAAGCAGGCAGUGUGCUAGUGGACGCUACCUGAGGAAGAGGGGCGACCCUCAUCGCUACUGCCAGGGGGCGUGUGCAGAGCAGACCCGCUGUGGACCCGUCAUCGUCCCACAGCACCACUUGCAGCAGUGUAAGGUUUGCAGUGAGUCAGGGACGUCCUGUGGCCCCCAGGGGCCCCCAGACGGCGUAGGUGUGGAGCACUCCGACUUCAUCCUCUACGUCAGCGGAGUGAUGACAGAACGCUGUGGUCAGGAGAACAUCAUAGCCUAUGCAGCUUACUGCCAGCUGGAGAACACGCUAGACCGGCCGGUGGCUGGCUACGCCAACCUGUGUCCCUCUAUGAUCUCCUCCGAGCCCCAGGAGUUUGAGGGCAUGUUGGCCACCGUCAAGCAUGAGGUCAUCCAUGCACUGGGGUUCUCAGCGGGUCUGUUUGCGUUCUUCCACGAUGACAAGGGGUCCCCCCUGACGCCGCGCUACGCUAGUGGGCUGCCAGCCUUCAACGAGAGCCUGGGUUUGUACCAGUGGAGCGAGGCAGUGGUCCGCUCUGUUUCCCGCCUCUGGGACGUCAGAGGAGGUCUCAUGAUCAGACACCAGGUCCAUCUAUUGGUCACGCCCCGUGUUGUGGAGGAGGCCCGGAGACACUUCAACUGUCCUGUCCUGGAGGGCAUGGAGCUAGAGAACCAGGGAGGAGCGGGAACCCAGCUCAACCACUGGGAGAAACGACUCCUGGAGAACGAGGCGAUGACGGGUUCCCACACUCAGAACCGGGUGUUUUCCCGCUUGACGCUGGCGCUCAUGGAGGACACAGGCUGGUACCAUGCCGACUACAGCCACGCCCAGCGCCUCGAUUGGGGGCGGGGCCUCGGCUGUGACUUCGUCAUGAAGAGCUGCAAGUUCUGGAUGGACAAACAGAAGCAGAGGCGGGUUCCUGCGACUCCAUUCUGUGACACGGUGAGGUCGUCUCCCCUCCGGCUCAGCUGCAGACAGGACCAGCAGGCGGUGGCGGUCUGCAACCUGCAGACACACACACACACACUGCCCUCCGAAUAUCAGUACUUUGAUCAGAUCGAGGGCGUGGCUGCGGAGGAGCUCCCGUAUUACGGGGGCGCUGUGGAGAUUGCUGACUACUGCCCCUUCAGCCAGGAGUUCAGCUGGCACCUCAGCGGAGAAUACCAGAGAAACUCCUACUGCAGGGUACCAGAGAACCAGCCAGAGUGGUGGAGGAACUAUGCAGUUGAGCACUACGGUCCAGACUCGGUGUGUGUGUACCAGCGGUCCGCCUUCAGCAUGGAGCAGUGUGACAAGAAGAUGACCUACCCUGACUGGGGGUCAGGCUGCUACAAGGUGGUGUGUUCGCACCAGGGUCUGGCUGUGUACGUGGAGGAGCGCUCGUUCCCGUGCGUGCGUCCUGGUCAGCUGAUCAGUGUGAGUGUGCGUCUGAGCGGCUGGGUCUAUAACGGCAUGCUGGUCUGUCCCUCCUGCGCCGACCACUGUGACCUCUGCCCUGAGCAGGCGGUGCCCUUCAACGCAACCCGAAGCACUGCUAUAGACCCGUGCUCCGCAAGUCCUGGUCUGGCUCUCACUGUCCGGCUGCUGCUGGUCAGCCUGCUUGGCAGUCGGAUUUCCCCGUGACGCUCUGCAACACAGCUGAUGGAGAGCGCCUCCUCUAGGCUGACCAUAGUACCAGGUUGUGAUGGUCCCCAGGCAGGGUUUUUCAUCCCUCCAUCACGAAUCCUCAGGGAAAAUCCCCACAAUCCUUUUCUGCUCAGAUCUCAACAGAUAAAGGCACUGUUCCAAAACGGACAGUAAAUGUUGGAACACACACAGAUGCAGCGACCAGUGACCAGCCGAAGCUGUCUUAGCCUUUGGGACAAUGCUAACGCUAGGUGCCAAUCCCAGGACAUGAAACAGUAGGCUGAUGAUGGCGAUGCUGACUCACUGUGUCAUAAAGUGAGAAGGCAACUCCAUCCUGAUUCUUAGUGACUACCGCUAGCCAUGCUAAUGCUAACUAAGCUGACUCCUAUGGUGCUUUUAACUUUAAAGUUUAUUCAAUAGUUUAGCUGCGGUUUAUCAACAUUUUAAGCACUGUUUUCUGAAUCGUUUUUUGUACAUAUGAAAGGGUGUGAAUGUGAUGUGGGACUGGUGGGCCAGUGUCCAGUGUGCGAAAUACCCAGUGUGUAUCAGGCGGGGGGGGGGGGGGGGGUGGGUGUAUUUAGUUUCCAAAUCCUUUUUAGCUCUAACAUUUUGUGAUCUCACUGCUGGCUAUGGGCAUGGCCCUAAUAGCUUUUUAGAAUACAAACUGAAUAAUGAACUUAGUUUUGUUUUUUUACAUGUUUCCAUAUAAG